UCAGAACUGGCAGGCUGGGCCACUGCAAGAGCGGAACUGGCCCUGCCCGAAGAACCGAGACCGUCCGAGCGACACAAUCCCAUCUGACGAACACACACAAACACACACAAACACACACAACACACGAGACCACCACAUAAUCAACGAGUCUCACGAGACACACCACACCAGGCCAGGCCUCCCACCCACCCGCCACUCACCGGAGCCAUAGAUUCUCCCACUGUUGAAGUUGACGUUGCUCCCAAUCCCGCGCGGGCCCGUGUUGUACGCUGGCCCGACGAUGGAGCUUCUCGCCUGCAGCUGGCGGCGGCGUGUAGAGUCCUCUUCGUCACGAGGGUCGUCGCCGUUCUUGAUCUCGGCCACGGCGCAGUACCCCUUGGGGGCGUCGAUGCCCUCGGCCUCGGCGCCACAGCCGCUCUCCGGCUCAGGGCGGAAAAGGAGGGCGCGCUCGCUGUCCACAUCAAGAUAAUCACCGCCGAAAAAGUCGAUCUUGACUGCAUUGACGACACAGGCAGAGAGAGAGAGAGGGAAUAUGUUCAUGUGUGUCUGGAGGAGCAUGACGUGUGAGGGUGUGUGGUGCGCUUGCCUGAGUCCUUUGCCUUGUUCUUGGUGAUCUGCUCGACCUUGUAGUAUCUCUCCAUCACCUCGCCGUUGCUCGCCAUCAGGUCGUCAAUGUACAGGCCGUCCAGCUGCACCAUAUCAAGACACACAUACACACACACACACACACACACAUAUGAAUGCUCUCACCACCCUCCCAGCACCAAUCAGCACUGACCUUUUCAAAAUCGGCGAGCGGCUGUGAGGCAAAGUCGAAUGGGCUGGCAACGUCGGUCUUGCUCUUGGUGCGGACGACAUUCUUGGCUCCGUGGGUGCCCAGCAGGUUGCCGCUUGCGUCAGGCUUGCUGUCCUUGGACAGCUCCACCGCGCCCACAACCACGGCCAAAAUCAGUGCGAUGGUCGCGACUGCACACGCACACACACACGCGCACACAGACGGACACGUGUGUAGGUAGGUGGGUGGCCGGGUGGGUGGCAGUGGUGCUCGCUUACCGUAGACGGCGGCCACGAUGAAAACCACCCAUGUGAGCGCCUUGGAGGUCUUGCGCUCGGCCAUCAUCUGGCGGGCGGCCGACAUCACCUCCUGCACGCUGCACCCACGCACAGACAGAGAGACACCACGACAUGAGACAGACCCCUCAUCCCUCUGUGUCUGUGUGUGCGCUCUUACGAGAACAUGCCGUCGCCGUCAGUGUCCCAUGAGCGGAGGAGGGCGACUAUGCGCUCAGGCUCGUCACCAUACGCAGCGGCCUUCUCGAAGUCCAUUGUGCGGCUGCAACCACACAUACCCAGAGAGAGGUGAGUGUGCGACGUGUGGGGUGUGCGCCGUGCGUGGGUACCUGUUCUUGGGCUCGCCUGCCAU